AUGGCUACUCCGGACCCCUUUUAUGUCCGACUUUUUGCCUCUGCAACCGCCAAAGCCGCACACCGCUUAGCCGCUGGACGUCUUCUGCACCUUGACGGCAUCCCUUACUACUGGUGGACACCAGUGGUCCUGGGAUUACCGCCACGGCAGGCACUGACCACCUUGCGGCCACAGCUCCGAUCGGCUGCCUCAGUCAUAGAGGCACAGAACAUGGAUACUACAAACCCUGGCGUCUGUCACAUUGAGGAAGCAGACCUGAACUCCAUCAGGAAGACCUACAGGUUUAUAAGGACCGGUCGAAACCAUCAGACUUUGGGAUUGCAAAAAGGGGAUCUCUUUCUACGUGGAGUUUACGACCUGACUGACUCCACCAAGGAGGUUCUGUGGCACAAGAUGUCCUCCUCCUUUAAAGCAUGUCCACGCCCUGACAUUGUCACGCUGGGUAUCAGAGACAAGCAAAUUAACACUUCGCCUUGUGAUUACAACGUGGCAAAGAAACCAGUGGAGAAAAUGCCCUGCAAGCAUGUGAUGUUUCGGUCAAACUUUCAAAGGAUCACCUUUCCACCGAAGGAAGGUCCUGCUCCUUGCUUCUACAAUCCUCUGAGCAAGCCCGGAAAAGGCAUCACUUCCCCUUUCAAAUCAAAGUUGCCACGGCUGCACAUCGUGCGUUCAACAACACCAGGGCCAGGGGCCUACAAACCCUGCUGGAAGUCAGGUGACAACCUGAGCGCACAGACCACUGAGGAUCCUUCCUUCAGCCUCCUCUUCCGUAACAUUCCCUAGUGCGACAACUUGGAUUCCACGCAAGCGAUGCUCUCCUUAUCCAAUAAAAGUCAGCUGAAUAUAGCAAA